AUGCCCUUCACCCAUCCUCUUCUCCAGAUCCAGAUCAAGAUCAAGAUCGCCACCAUCAUGGACACGAGCCAGAUCGACACAUUGGCGGAGUGCGCCUUGGAUUGCUUCUUAAAUGGUCGGUACUACGACUCCGUUUCUUGCACGGCCGUAAUGGUCUACAUGAGAGAGCAACUGAGCAGCCACGAGCGCCAUGUGAUGAACGACAUCUUUUUGGGUAUCAUCAAUAAAUUCAUUAACGCGAACACAGAAUUGGAGAAGCGGUUGGAGGAUGAACGCCAGGCCCUGCAGCAGAUAAGCGAACCGACUGAGGAGCAAAAACAAGUUGUGGAGGCCGCCAAGGCCGCCGUCAAUACCCUGUUAGGGCAUUUAACGGGGUACGUCCAGGAUAUGGUGUCCAUCACAGUUCAGGCACUAAACUCUUUCAACACUGAUGACCACGAGCCAAAAGCGUACCUUUACCGCUUGAUGGGCGAGUGCCUGGGGAACACGUGCCACUUGGUGAACGCCGAUGAUGUCAACCAUGAUGAGAUCAAUACGGUGGCCUCCCUUGCCUAUCUCCAAGGGAUGGUGCACGGCUUCAAUCUACCUCCGGCCGACCCCUCCCACCUGGAUAACAUCACCUCCUAUUGCAUAUUUGCGGUGCGCAAUUUGCGGAGCCUCGAUGAGGCCAUUGCUCUGGGGUCUUAUGUCAUGUUCACCUGCCCAGAGGAGAGGAUCCUUGAGUCCAGAGACGUGCAGACCACAAGACACUGCCUCCACUUACUUCAAAUGUGUCUGGAUGUGUGGACUACCGUAAGGGACCUCAUGAAUAGCGACAGCAACACCAAUGAAGAUGCUGCCUCUGAAGCCCCGAAUGCAACUGCAUAAGCCCAUGGAUCAGUAUCACCCUUCAUUCACUCCGGACACAGCACAGCAGGACUCCUCCUACACACACAAACUAUACACAUUUUGACCUAAACCUAAAACACAACCAAUGUUGCAAGAACUGAAGAACUCUUCAGGUUCCAAUGCAAGUCAUUUGAGAGUACAAAGAACAGAACACAUAACUGAUGGAAUUAAACCUAAAGAACAGGACGAUCAGGACAUAUCAACCAAGGGACAACAAUUGUCAGCUCACUUCUCAGUAUGAUU